CACAAGCAGAAGCUGGACAGGACCACGGAGACGACAUGGAGCUGCAGAGACACAUGGUGGGCGUCCUGCUGCUGGUAUGUUGCAGUGCAUUGUGGGUCGUCUCCUCGAAGGUUAAAGCUCCACCUCCUGGAUGUGACUCCAUGUUGGCGUUUUCCACAGAGGUCCCGUCCUUGUCUGAGGGAAACGGGAAAAUCCACAAAAGAUCUCUGUCUCCGUGGACCUGGAAGUCGACCACGGUGAAGGACCGGAUCCCCUCCACGAUCUGGGAGGCCGAGUGCAGCAGCAACUUCUGUUCGGCUCCCAACCUCCAAGAUUCAGAUAAACUCAACCUGAACUCGGUCCCGGUCUACCAGAACAUCCUGGUCCUGACCCGGGACCAGGGGGGGCGCUGCUACACUGCAUCGUACCGCUCGGUGGCCGUCGGCUGCACCUGCGUCUGGGCCAAAACCCAACAAAGCUGAGCCAGC